AUGAAGAGUGCGAUCAUCCUUGGUGCGCUUGCCGUGUGCGCCAACGCAGCAUACUAUGUAUUCGAUGUUCAACACAUGUCGAAUGGAGGCAUCACAUCCCACGGCAAUCUGAGAUACCUCAACAACGACUACUCGCCAGAGUACAAGGACUGCAAGCAAACUAACGGAAUGCGAUUCGAGAAAGGGGAUCUCGGCGGGAGCUUCUCAUGCCCAGACGAAACGAAAAUCAAAGUGGGCCUGUAUUUCCCCCGUGGCUAUAACGGGACUAUUUCCGAAGUAUACGACUACCACAACAAGAUUUUCUAUCCAUGCGUCCAGAUCAACAAGGAAGACUCCAUGGAGUCGUUUGCUUGCUCAAAUAUCCUCAUGAUGGAUCUUUAUCCCGGGGGUCAGAAUUAG